CGAAUUUGAAGACUGCCAAGAUUCUGGCGACCACCACACUUGCUCUUCUUUACUGCUUGUCAUUGAAUGUGGAGGAGCCUCAUGGGGACCAGAUUUGGGUUGUGUACAACUGCUUUGGCCAGGUGGACCUGUCCUCACACAGAUACUGAACCUGCAUAUAGUGCUGGCACAAAGUCAACUAGGCAUAUCUAAACCAAAGAAUCUUUUAAAGGUUUACAGCAUUGCAUCCUGAAGAGAGGGCAUGGUUUACUCCUAGCCACUUGUCAAAAUGCCUGGCAAGAAAGACACCAAGAAGGACGCAAAGAAAGGUGGAAAACCUGAACCAGAGAAAAAGAAAGAGGAGGAAAAGAAAGGGAAGGAUGACAAAAAGGGUGGAAAAGAUGAGAAGAAAGCCAGUAAGGAUGAUAAGAAAGGUGGAAAGGACGAUAAGAAAGGGGGGAAGGAUGAUAAGAAAGGGGGGAAGAAGGGAAAGGACGAGCCACCCAAGGGGAAAGAUGAUGGAAAGAAAGGAAAAGACAAAGGCAAAGGUAAGAAAGUGGAGUCUGAAGAGGAAGAGGAUGAGCUUCUGAGUGAUGAAGAAGAGGACGAAGAGUUUAGUGAAGAAGAGUACGAUGAAGAGGAAGACUCAGAGGAUGACAGGAAAGGGAAGGGGCGAGGAGGCAAGGGGGCUAAGGGAAAGAAAGGGGGGAAGUCCAGACGUGGGGACUACUCAGACGAAGAUGACGAGGAGGAUGAAGAUGAAGAAGAGGAUGACGAUUACGAAGACAGUAAAUCCAAAAAGAAAUCUAAAGAUGACCGCCACCAUAAAGGAGGGAAAUCUGAUGCUGAUGCAAAGAAGAAGAAAGGCAAAAAGAAAGAGGAAGCUCCUCAGAUUCCAGUAAAGGAAAUCCCAAAGAAAGGUCUGAAGAACAUGUCCAGGAUGUUCAUGAAGUUUUCUGGUUUCAAGAGGCGCAGGACCAGCAGGAAGAAGCUGAAAAGUACAUCACGUUUGUUCCUGGGGUUGGGGAAGAGAAAGAACCGCCUCGCUAAGAAGAAACGCCGCAAGUCCAUGCUGAAGAACACCUCUCGAUUCAUGAUGAGGUUUAAGGCCAGCAAAAAGAAGAAAAAGGAGAAAGAGGACAAAGAGAAGGCGGCGGCAAAUGGCGGGAAGAAGCCAACCUAUAUGCUGCUUCGUCUAGGAGGGAAUGAAUCAAAUCAGAAGAAGGGCUUCUUCAAAGGGUUAUUUGGGAAAAAGGAGGGUGACGGGCCUGCUGAUGACUUCAAGAACAGAAGUGUGCUGCUGGGUAAGGUUGCAGCUGCAACCAACUGGCUGACCAAACGCUUCCUGUCCACUAAAAUGCGAGGAGAUGCAGGACACCACGGCUGGGGUGGAAACAGAGGACAGAGUCGACAAGCCAGCUCCAGACGCAAUCUCCGUGGUCACCAUAAUGAUGGUUACGAGUAUGAUGGGGAGGCUUACGGAUACAACCAGCAACAUUCGGCCCACCAAAAAGGUUAUGGGGGCUAUGAUGAUGGAUAUGGUGGAUAUGGAGACGAGGCAGCUGCAGCAUAUGGAAGCCAGAGUCAGUAUGGUUAUUAUGACAAUGGAGCAGGGGGAGCAGACUACCAAGACCUGGGUUACUAUGAGGAAGAGGGACUCUAUGAUGUAAAUGCAGAACAAUAUGAUGGUGGUCUUUACGAACAAGGCAUGGGGGACUACUAUAACCCUCAUUCCUCUGCCCAAGGCUACUAUAACAACCAGGAGGCUGAUUAUUAUGGUUACCAGCAACAACAGGCUAUGGCAAUGUAUGGAGAUGAGGGUCUGGACUACUAUGCACUGAUGGGUGAGGACCAUAUUUAUGCGGGAGAGGUAGAUGGAUUCAUAGACCCUCAGGCUCAGGGUUAUUAUGAUGAAAAUAGUCAAGGAGUUUACUACGGUGAUGGACAAGGGGGUUACUAUGAUAACGGUCAGGCAGGUUAUUAUGAGAACCCUUAUGCAGCAACCAUGGGAAUGCAAGGGGGUUUUCCACCAGACUAUCAACUUAGUUAUAGUGAUGCUGGCAUGCCGUACCAAGACUACAGCUCCCAGCAGGCCAUCAGCUUCCCACCAGGAGGCCAGCAGGCCUUUGGCUAUGGAGGACAAGGGAUGGAUCAGGUGCAAGGCCUGUAUGGGGACCAGUAUGCAGACCAGUUCGAUCAAUAUGGGGAUGAUACCGUUGGAGUUCAGGGUGGGGAGAUGACAUUUAGAGUUCCUAGACCUCAAGUGCGCCUAUUUGGGAAAGAGCGCCUAGAUGUGCCCCUGCCCCCUCCACCAACUUUGCCACCUGAUCCAGAAUUUGAAGACAUGUCAGAAAUCCAGUAUGAAGAUCAGAUGCCUUUUGUCCCAGGUCAACUUGGUGACAUGAUGUCAUUACAGCAGCAAAUGAGAAUGUCACCACAACAACAAAUGAUGUCACCACAGCAACAGAUGAUGUCAGCACAGCAACAAAUGAUGUCACCACAGCAACAGAUGAUGUCACCACAGCAACAAAUGAUGUCACCACAGCAGCAGAUGAUGCCACAGCAAAUGAUGUCACCACAGCAACAGAUGAUGUCACCACAGCAGCAGAUGAUGCCCCAGCAAAUGAUGUCACCACAAGAGCAGAUGAUGUCACAACAAGCGAUGUCACCACAAGAGCAGUUGAUGAUGUCACAACCAAUGAUGUCACCACAAGAGCAGUUGAUGAUGUCACAACCAAUGAUGUCACCACAAGAGCAGUUGAUGAUGUCACAACCAAUGAUGUCACCACAAGAGCAGAUGAUGAUGUCACAACAAAUGAUGUCACCACAAGAGCAGAUGAUGAUGUCACAACCAAUGAUGUCACCACAAGAGCAAAUGAUGAUGUCACAGCAAAUGAUGUCACCACAAGAGCAGAUGAUGAUGUCACAACAAAUGAUGUCACCACAAGAGCAGAUGAUGAUGUCGCAGCAGCCGAUGGUGUCUCCCCAAAUGAUUUCACCACAGCAGCAGAUGAUGACAGACCCAAUGAUGAUGCCACAACAACAGGGUUAUGGCCAAGUGUCAAUCCCUACUCCAACUGCCAUGAUUAUUAAGCAAGCAAGUAUGUCCCCACUUCCAGCAAGGCGCAUGCAACCCUCUCCGACUCCAUCCCGCCGCUCUGUCAUCAUGCCCUCCCCACAGAUGCAACGACAUCCAUCUGCCAUGGCGUCCCCAAUACCUUCUCCUAUGCUUGCACAGAGACGCAGCCCAUCCCCACAACCAUCCAUGAGGGGUGGGUUUGUUAAUGUCCAAAGACCCCCCUCUGUUAUGUUGAGACGCAUCUCACCUCCUUCCUCCCCUAUGGCCACCCCCCUUGCCCGUCGUAGAAUGCAACCUCAGAGAUCACCAUCUCCCCUGGCUCGAAGACCCUCUCCCCCUCACUCUCCUCGUGCUUCCAUGAUCCGGCGAAGUCCUCCACCCUCACCAAGAGUGUCAAUGAGACGACAAUCUCCACCUUCCUCACCCCGUGCUUCCAUGAGGAGGCGAAGUCCCCCACCCUCUGCCUCUCCAGCCCGUAGCCCGUUUGGAGGGAGAAAGAUGCGCGGGGCACCCUCCCCUUCCUUCUCCCCUGGUCGUGCAUCUCCUCCUCUCUCUCCACAGCUCAAUAGAAGACCAGCUCCCUCUCCCUCCCCAUCUCAUCGCAGUGUAUCCCCUGCAGGGCCCCGACCUUCCCCUACCCUCUCUCGCCGUUCAACUCGGCUGCUCAGGGACCCAACACCAUUGCCGCGACCUAGGAUGGGGGGAAAUGUUCCCUUAGGUACUGUCCGGCCCUCGCCUAUGGGUCUCAGAGGGCGCCCAGUGCCCCCACCCACCCAGAAUGUGCGUCCAUUCCGUGCCUCCUCCGUACGAAGCAAUAGGUCUUCUGUUCUCACAGUGGACUCCCUCCACUCCUCCCCUUUUCACUCCCCUCAUAUGGUCCAUCGUGCUCCCCUAGGGAGGAGAGAAUCUGGGCGAUUUCCUCCUCGCCCUGUGGCUCGAGGACGUCCCCUCAUGUCCCAGCACUCUAUAAGAAGGAUGCCUCCUGCCUCUCCACAGCCCUCCCUUAAACACAUGUCACAUCCUGCAUCUCCACGCCUCUCUCAUCGACCUUCUCGUCAGUCCUCCCCUCUCCUGCCCCCUCGAGUUGCCCAUCCACCCACUUAUGCACCAGAAACGUAUGUGUCUGGCCCCCAUAUGGAUCCUUAUGGUGAGCAGUUGCAUCAGUUUGCUGCCCCCUCUUCUCCCAUGUUAUCUGGUGCUAUGCGGAAUCAGGCUAUUCGACAGGCUUCUUACAGUUCCCCUCUUGGCCCAGAGGUGGGUGAGAUGGCGCCGGACUAUAUACAGCCUUAUGCUCCCUCAUCCCCUAUGCUUUCGGGUGCAAUGCAAAACCAGGCCAUUCGGGAUGCGUCCUAUGUUUCCUCACUGCGGAGGCCAGCUUCGCCUUAUGAACAGCCUAUGCCCCCUUCAUCUCCCAGGCUGUCAGGGGCUCUGCAGAAUCAAGCUAUACGAGAUGCAUCUUAUUAUUCUCCUUUACAAAGGCCAUCAUCCCCUUAUGAACAGCCUAUGCCCCCUUCAUCUCCCAUGCUGUCAGGGGCUCUGCAGAAUCAAGCUAUACGAGAUGCAUCUUAUUAUUCUCCUUUACAAAGGCCAGCAUCCCCUUAUGAACAGCCAAUGCCCCCUUCUUCCCCAAUGCUGUCUGGAGCUCUGCAGAAUCAAGCUAUACGAGAUGCAUCUUAUUAUUCUCCUUUACAAAGGCCAGCAUCCCCUUAUGAACAGCCUAUGCCCCCUUCUUCCCCAAUGCUGUCUGGAGCUCUACAAAACCAGGCAGUGAGGGACGCUUCCUAUGCAUCUCCUCUUCAAAGGCCUCAGUCCCCAUAUGGCCCAUCUGUACCUUCAUCUCCAAUGCUCUCUGGAGCCAUGAGACAUGGUCAGGCACUAAGAGGUGUGGCUUCUUAUCAGACUCCACAGCUCCGUUCACCAUAUGGACCAACUGUUGUCACUCCAUAUGAUUAUAUCUCUGAGCCUGGCCCAUCACCACUACUUCAUGAUGCUCUACAGCACCGGUCUGGUUUGCAGAAUGUCUCAUCUUUAAGAUCCCCUAUGAUGCAACGCCGUAACUCUUAUGCACCACCUGGACCUCAGCUCCACAGUGCUCUUCAACAGAACCCAAACCUCCGCCAAGCAUCGUUUCAGACCCCUGUGCACCUCAGACGGUCCCCAUAUGGACCCCCACCAGUCUCUUCACCAAUGUUAGGAAGUGCCCUACAAAACCAGCAGCUGAUGCAAGCAUCUUACCGGCUGCCAGAUGGAUCCUUGAUGUCACCAUAUGGAGAUUCACGGUCCUCCCCGAUGCUCGGCCAUGCCUUGCAAAACCGGCAAGUCCGUGGAGCCUCGUACACCUUGCCUGAUGGAUCAAUUAUCCGGGACCCACGUAUACCCCAGACGCCAAUGUCUCCUAACCUUUCCAGAGCUCUUCAGAACCAGAAUGUCAAGACUGCUUCAUAUACUCUCCCUGAUGGCACCAUUAUAGACCCAAGACAGCAACAGCCCAUUUCCCCAAACCUGGCUAGGGCCCUAAAUAACCAAGCUCUGCGAGCAGCCUCCUAUUCUCUCCCUGAUGGCACCAUUGUGAUUGACCCGAAGGCACAGAAGUCCCCGAAUCUUACAGCAGCACUUCAGAACCCUUACCUGAAAAGUGCAACUUACACCCUGCCUGAUGGGACUAUCAUCAUCGAUCCACGGAAACCUGUCUCUCCAAACCUUUCUGGUGCACUUCAAAACUCUGCUCUCCGGAACGCCUCCUUCACACUACCGGAAGGGGUUCAAGACCCCAAUACACCAAUUUCACCAAACUUGGCUAAGGCCCUCGGCAAUCCAGCCUUGAGAGGAGCUUCAUACACCCUCCCUGAUGGAACUAUUAUAGUGGACCCAAGGAAACCAAAGAGCCCCAAUCUGACAGCCGCCCUGCAAAAUCCCUAUCUAAAGGGUGUGUCCUACACCCUGCCUGAUGGAACUAUCAUCAUUGACCCACGGAAACCACUUACACCUGACCUGUCUAAAGCUCUUAUGAAUGCAAACCUUCGUAAUGCAUCAUACCAGCUCCCUGAUGGUUCCCUGGUUAUCCCUGGUCAAAAGCCUAACCUUUCAUCUGCUCUGAGGCUUAACAAGGGAAUGCGGUCCACAGGUCUCUAUCAACUGUCAGAUAACUCUGUACUGUCAGGCCGACCCAAACCCACCACUCCCAACCUCACCUCUGCGCUGAGAAAUGAGGACCUCCAAAAUGUCCGUUUCAGGCUGCCGGAUGGCUCUCUUCUCACACGUCGGUUCCACAACCCAAGCCUGUCUGAAGCCGUCCAAAACCAGCAGCUUCGCUAUGCUUCAUACAGGGUGCCAACAGCCCUGCAGGGUGAGGAUAAUCGCUAUGCUGUGAUUCCUCCCUAUGGGCCACGCUCAGGACACUGGGCUAGAAAUGCCCGAGGAGGAGAGCAGGGAGGGGAGGACGUCUGGGCAGCUGAGAGGGUUUUACCCCAUGGGACGAUCCAAAAUCUGUCAAAGUGGUCCAUGUACAGAGAAGACGGGGUGUUAGAAGGAUAUUCCCCCACACCUCGAAUUGUGGACGGAAAGCCUCAGGACACAGACUGGACUCCUGACAGAGAUAGAGUACCUGGUCAAAGCUGGUAUGACAAGAUCUACUCUAUCCUAAGCAUGCCCACAACAGGCCACAGGGUGAAACGCUGGGCAGAGGGAAUGGAGGACAUGACACAGCUGCCUGAGCUGAAUGAGACCACCGUUCUGAUGAACCUGAAGAAGCGCUACGACCAGGAACUUGUAUAUACCUACAUAGGCAGCAUCCUUGUGUCCGUGAAUCCCUACAAGUUGCUCAACAUUUAUGGCACAGACAUGGUUCUUCAGUAUGGGAGCCGAGGCCUGAGUGACAACCCUCCUCAUCUUUUUGCCAUUGCUAAUCUCUCAUAUACCACCAUGAUGGAUGCCAAAAAGGACCAGUGUAUUGUGAUCAGCGGAGAAAGCGGGUCAGGAAAGACUGAAGCUACUAAACUGAUCCUGCGUUACUUGACAGCCAUACAUCACAAAUGCAACGUCACACAACAGAUAGAGAUCCUAGAGGCUACACCCCUGUUGGAGUCUUUUGGGAAUGCCAAAACAGUGCGCAAUGACAACUCUUCACGCUUUGGCAAAUACACACAGAUCUUCAUGGAGGAGGGUGUAAUCAGCGGUGCCAUAACGUCUCAGUACCUGUUGGAGAAGUCCCGCAUUGUCUUUCAGGCCAAAUCGGAGAGGAACUAUCACAUCUUCUACGAGAUGUUGGCAGGUCUUCCUCCUAAUGAGAAGCACUCACUCUAUCUACAGGAAGCUGAGACUUACUACUAUCUGAAUCAGGGAGGGGAUUGUACCAUAGUGGGGAAGGAUGAUGGGGAGGACUUCAGGCGUCUACUGAGUGCCAUGGACAUCCUGUGUUUCACUCCAGAGGAGCAAAACGGUAUCUACAGACUGCUGUCCUCUGUCCUUCAUCUGGGGAACGUCUACUUCCAGCCACACCAGGCUGAGGGUCAAGAGGUUGCGUCAGUGGUGAGCGCACAGGAGAUCAGGGUGGUAGCUGAGCUGCUGCAGGUCUCACCUGAAGGCCUACAGAAGUCUGUCACCUUCAAAAUGACAGAUACAGUAAGGGAGAAGAUCUUCACUCCGCUCACAGUGGAGAGUGCUGUGGAUGCCAGAGAUGCCGUUGCCAAGAUCCUGUACUCGCUGCUGUUUAGUUGGCUGACAGAGCGCAUCAACGGACGGGUCUACCCUCGCAACGAAGCUCUCUCCAUCUCCAUAUUGGACAUAUAUGGAUUUGAGGAGCUACAGGUGAACAGUUUUGAGCAGCUGUGCAUCAACUACGCCAAUGAAACUUUGCAGUUCUUCUUUAACAGGGUCAUCUUCCAGGAGGAGCAGGAGGAGUACAUGCGGGAGCAGAUAGAGUGGCAGCAGCAGCCCUUCAGCCACAACCAGGCCUGUCUUGACCUCAUCGCCGCUAAGCCUCAUGGGAUACUGCGCAUACUGGACGACCAAUGCGGUUUCCCUCAGGCAACAGACCACACCUUCCUUCAGAAGUGCCACUAUCACCAUGGAAACGACCCGCUAUAUGCCAGGCCAAAGAUGCCACUGCCAGAGUUCACCCUGAAACACUACGCUGGGAAGGUCACGUACCAGGUGCACAAAUUCUUGGAUAAGAACUUUGACAUGGUCCGCCAGGAUGUUUUAGACCUCUUCAUCCAGAGCAAAAACAGAAUGGUAUCCAGCCUCUUCUUAAAGCACUCAGAGUCUGUGUCUCAGCAGCGGUCUAAUGUGCGGCGCAGCAGCACAGCUCGUCGUUAUCAGGCCAACACAGUCAGUGCAAAGUUCCAGAGCAGCCUGCAGGAACUGCUGGAGAAGAUGGAAAGGUGUAACCCUUAUUUUGUGCGAUGCAUCAAGCCAAACCAUCAUAAGGAGCCUGGUGUGUUUGACAUGGAGCUGGUCAACACUCAGCUACAUUACUCUGGUAUAAUGGAGACCAUCCAUAUCAGGAAGGAGGGUUAUGCAAUCAGGAUGCACUUCCACAGCUUCCUGUCAAGGUAUAAAGCCCUGCUCUGCCUGAGGGAUCUUCCCCCAGCAGAUGGAGAAAACUGUGUCAUCAUGCUCCACAAGCUCGGCCCGGUCAAGAACGGCUCGUAUCAGCUGGGAGUCAGUAAGAUUUUCUUGAGAGAGGAGCUAUAUCAGCUGUUGGAGGGGAAGCGUGACCGUGUGCUGAACCUCGCUGCCAUGACGCUGCAGAGAUACACCCGCAUGUGUUUUAUCCGAAAGAACUUCACCAAGUUCCGGCGGCGUGUGGCCCUGUUUCAGGCUCGCUGCAAAGGCUACCUGGCCAGAAAAAAGUUUACUCUGAGGAGGAAGUACCUCAUCAGGUUCCGCUCCGCUGUGCUGCUCAUCGUCAACCGCCAGCGCUACAUGAGGACAGUGGUGGAACCUGCAAGGAAGGCAGAGGAGGAUCGUAUCAACAGAGAAGUAGUGAAUGUGACAACACUGCCUAUCCCUGCUGAGCUGGCAGCCUUGCUACAGGCGGCCUCAGGUGGUGAAGAGUUGCAUUCUGACUGCUUGGCAGUGGUCCAGGCUCCAAAGGUUCAGGUUGACCCCCAGCUGACCCUGCCCCUGGAUAUCAACAACUACCUCAUGACACACUACAUCCGGGCCAUAUUUAGGGAGCCGUUGUUCGGGAUGCUGACAGCCCCGCUGGAGAAUUCUCUGAUUCGAAUGGAUGAGGAGCUAAAACAAGGAGCCGUGAACGUUUUCAUUCUGAUACUAAGAUUUAUGGGUGAUCCUAACUUGAAUGGGGCUCAGGAGAAUCUGUUUGGGAACUACAUCAUCCAGAGAGGACUUGCUAAUCCCAGCCUCCGAGAUGAGAUCUUGGCUCAGGUAGCCAAUCAGGUGUGGAGGAAUCCUAACAUUUUGAAUUCAGAGCGUGGUUGGCUCCUCCUUUGCUCCUGUCUUUCUGCCUUCCUGCCCUCUCAAAGGCUGGCCAAGUACUUGCUGAAGUUUGUGUCUGACUAUGGGCCGGAGGGCUACGACUGUGUGUGUCAGCACCGUCUGCUUCAGGCUCUGCAGCGAUUGAAUGUCGGGCCGGAGUAUGUCCGGACGUACCCACCCUGUCUACUAGAGUGGACCGCCAAUCGCAAGAGAGCUCACACUGUUCUGCACAUACACUGCUUCGAUGGUGUGUCCUUCCUGUGUCCUCUACACUCCUGGACGACAGGAGAAGAAAUGGCCAAAGACAUCUUACAACACAGGGCUGUGGUGGAGGGUCGUCGAGGCUGGUCGGUGCUACUGAAGGAGCCGGCUCAGUGGGUGGAGCUGGAGGGUUCAGACUACGUUCUGGAUCUGAUGUCGGACCUUGAGCUACCUGCCGACUUCCCCAAACACAGCAGCUACUUCAUCAUCUCUGCACAGGAACCAACCAGAGUGCGGCCCAACGCCAGCAUAAGCCUGUUGAGUGGUGGGUUUGACAUGAAUAAUGACCUCUUAUCUCCAGCCAUACCUGGCUCUGAUGGACAAGACUUUGAGCCUCAAAGAGGGAUGGAUCGUUAUCUCGACAGCCUGUUUGACCCUGUACUGUCUGACGGGACUGGAGAAAUAGAAUCAGCUGCAGGACUGUCCAGCAGGAUGAAGGGGGCUGGAGGAGUUGGUGGGGGGUGGAAACAGGAAGGGCAGUCGACCGGCCCCCCACCUCCACCUGGGGCUGUGAGAGUCCUUCCUGUGGGAGGUGUGAUGUCGCCUCCUGUUGCUGCGGUGGCACCUGUAACACCUGAUGCCCAGCAUGCUGUUAUGGCCCAGCAACAACAGGCUAUCAUGAACCAGCAGGCCAUCAUCAUGGCCCAGCAGAUGACCAUGCAGGCCAUGGCCAUGGUCGGCAGCCCAGUGACAAGCCCCCCUACCUCCCCGAUCACGAGCCCUCCCAUGAGCCCUCUACUUCACCACCCUCCCAGCCCGUACGCCCCGGCUAGCCCCUAUGUUGUCAUACCCCCGAGUCCAUAUGCCAACAUCCCACCCAGCCCCUACGCUAACUUCAUUCCCACUCCAUACGCUGCAGAAAACAUCCCACCCAGCCCCUAUCCUCCUACUGCACGGCAGGAACAAACUCCCUCACAGCCACAAGCUCAGCCUCGUGCUGAGCCCACAGCCCAGCCUCAGGCCCACCGCCCCAACCCUCAGCCGAGCUCCACCAAAACGAACAAAACUGAGACAGGACAGCCUAAAGCCAACGCUGCUGCACAGGCGCAGUCAGGUAAGGACAGCGUCUCUCGGAGGAAGGCUCCAGGCGUCCCCGUAAACAAGGACACACCAGUCAGGAAAUUUGCUCCCGUGGUGACGUCUCCUCCACCCCCUGCUCCAGAGGUGGUGAAGUACUCGCCUCAGUCCAAAGAUCACGUCGUCCCCAGCCAAGAUAUUCAAGAAAUCAUCAAAAGGUACAACUCCCCACCUCCACCACCAGACCAGAUGCCAUCUGGCAAAAGGAGACCAGAGGGGAAGUUUAAGAAGAAGCAAACUCCUCGUGAUGAAGCUUUACAGAUCCUGAAACCCCAGAUGGACCACCCUCCUGCUCCCCAGCCCAAACGUCCUGUUCCCCCCUCACCAUCUGCACCUGCAAUGAAAGAGACAGGAUUUAAACCCACCAAGGGUGCAAAGACGAGACCACCUGAUCGUCCUCUUCCCAUACCUCCUCCAGUUUCUCGUGAGCUUCCUGUAGAGACAGAGACCAUCCAGACACAGCUUCAUCAGAGCACCAACGAAGAGCACUACACCUACACCAAUGUUCCCUGGAGACUUUACCUCAGGAAGGAGGUCUUUUAUCCCAAAGACAGCUUCAACAAUCCUCUGGUGCUGGACCUCAUUUUCAAACAGAUAGUGAAUGACACUCUGUCAGAGGCGUGUGUUCGCAUCACCCGGGAUGAAAGGCAGAAAAUGAAAGCUCUUUUCGCUAAACACGGGGUUGAACAGAAUAUGGAUCCAGUGGAGGAGCACGUGAAGAAAACAAUCGUCACGGCAGCCAGAGAAACCUGGGAAAUAUACUUCUCCCGUCUGUUCCCUGCGUCGGGAAGUGUAGGAACAGGUGUACAGGUGUUGUCAGUGUCCCACAGCGGUAUUAAGCUGUUGAAGACCGUAAAAAGCAGCGCCGCCGCUCCAGAUUACUUCCGAGUCCUACGACCCUACACCUAUGCAGACAUCCUGUUUGUAACCAUCCCCUCUGAGAACAUGCUGGAGUUCAAUCUGACCAAUGAGAAACUGAUCCUGUUCUCAGCCAAGGCACCACAGGUCAAACAUCUUAUAGACACCUUCAUCAAUGAGAUCAAAAAGGACUCAGACUAUGUGAUUGCAGAGCGAAACUUUGUGACAGACGACCGCUCGAUGCUCAGUUUUCACAAAGGUGACAUCAUCAGGCUGCAGGUUAUGGACGGGCUGGAGAAGGGUUACAUCUACGGCUGUGUUGUGAGGAAGAAGGUGGUGUAUUUGGAGGACCUAAAAAGAGACACUCCAGACUUUGGCUGGAAGUUCGGUGCUGUGUUCAGCCGCUCCGGUGCGUUCCCAGCCGAGUGCGUCCAUCCCAUCGCUCCUCCUGACUUCCUUUCCCUGCCACUGGACCGCAAGGCAGAGCCUCGAGGAGGAGCGGGACAGUUUGCUGUGUCAUCAGCCAUCGCUGUCGCCGUGGCGUCCACCAUGGCUGCACAUGAGAUAGAUCAAACAAUUGAGAGGGUUUCCCUUGACGAGUUUGGUGAUGGAGAUCUGGAUGAGAGGGCCCUGCAGGACAGUAAAUAUGACAUGUUGGAGUUUGCAAAGAAGUACUUCAGACAGGAAACGAAAGGGAAAGGAGAUUCCCUGAAGAGCAAAAGCAAGAACAGAGACUCCAGAGAUCCCAUUGAAAUGAUCAGGUUCUCCAAGAAUCCUCUGACUGAGUCUCUGAUUGAGUUUACGGAUCCAGCCAUGAACAGAGUGGCAGCUGACCUCUUCCUGUCGGUGAUGCGUUUCAUGGGUGACGCUCCAUCAAGAGGGUCCACAGAGCAGGAAGUGGUCAGCACCUUCCUCAAACUCAUAGGAGAGUUCACCUUGAUGAGGGAUGAGGCUUACUGCCAACUCCUCAAACAGCUUACUGCUAACACCAGCUCCAAACCUGAUAGCUGCCAGCGAGGCUGGAGGAUGCUGUACAUUCUGACUGCUUUCCAUCGCUGCUCGGAGGUCCUCAAGCCCUUCCUGCUGAAAUACCUGCAGCAGGCCUCUCGCAGCGCUGGGGCACAGUAUCAGGGCAUUGCUAAAGCAUGUGAGCAGAACCUGAAGAAGACGUUCCAAUAUGGUGGCCGCCUCGUUCCACCGAACAGCAUGGAGCUGAAGGCUAUGAUGGCGGGACGUAGUUCAAAACGUCAGCUGUUUCUCUUUCCUGGAGGCAUCGAACGUCACGCGAAAAUCAAAACGUGCUCUGUUGCCCUGGAAGUGAUUGAGGAGCUGUGUUAUGAGAUGGGUUUACACCGACUGGAGGCCAUGGAAGAAUAUGCCAUAUUUGUAGUCACCAACAGAGGUCAGAAUGUGCGUCCACUGAACAAACACGAGUACAUCCUGGAUGUUGCGACAGAGGCGGAGAUGGUCGACACUAACUACAGUUUCUGGUUCAGGCGAGUCAUCUGGACUCAGCCGCUCAAGUUUGACAAUGAGCUCUGUGUCGCCAUGCACUAUAACCAGGUCCUGCCAGACUACCGUAAAGGCCUGCUAAAUGUUCUUCCACAUGGAAAAGUGAGCGAUCAACAGUUCCACCAGAUCUCCAAACUGGCAGCUUUGCAGCAUAGAGCCAAAGACAUCAUCUUCAUCCCCAGCAUACAUGAACUAUCGGAGUACAUCGCGGCACCUCUGUUCAAAAAGCAGCCACCCCAGCAGUGGGUUACCAUGGUGACGCAGCACAUGCAGCAAGUGCAGACCUUGAACCCGCACCAGGCGAGAGCACAGUUUCUGGGGCUGGUCAGUGCAUUCCCUAUGUUCGGCUCCUCGUUCUUCUACAUCCACAGCAGCAGCUCCACCACCUUCUACGCCCCCUGUAUUGUUGCUGUCAAUCAGCAUGGUCUCCACUUCCUGCACAAAAACACACACGAGCUGAUGACAGUGGUCCCCCUGGUGGAGGUGCAGUCCAGCCGCACCCAGCGGCCCACUGCUGGAACGAGUUACCCAUAUGUAGACCUCACCCUGGGGGACAUGAACACACAGCGGGUGAUUCAGCUGCAGCUGGAGCAGGGGCUGGAGUUGUGUCGAGUCAUCGCCAUGCAGGUGGAAAACAUGAUGUCGGUGCGGGAGAAGAGACUCACCCUGCCACCCAGCGAAAUCACCAUGUUAUAACACGUGCUCAUGCUUAAUUGGACACACACACUUGUAUGAACACACACAUACAUUAGAUGAAACCCAUAUACGUAAGCCUACCUCUUCUUGCCUUCAGGUGUUCACACGCUAAUAUUAUAUGUGAACACAUAAGUGUGCGCACCCUGAAGUCACUUUUACUUGAUUAUUUUACUGCAUUAACUGAAAACAGUGAGAAGUUGUUGUAUGUUUCUUUCAGGUUGACACUAUAUAAUUGCACUUACUGCUGUAGAUUUAACUGAUUUAUUAUUGAUAAGAUGUUGUGUCUGUACAGAAGCUGUUGAUGAACAGUGAGGAAGCUUCAUAGGCCUGUGCCUUGUCAUUACAAAGUUUUAUAACUGAUAUGUAACAUGUUUUUUAUUUUUUUUAUUGAUACCGUUUACUGUAAAACUUGACGUUAGUGUAAACAAUUGUUGUAUUCAAUCAAUAUAAUGCAUCGACUUUGUUGUUUUUUAAAGAAUAUUUUAUCAAAAUAAAAUAAGCAAUUUCAAAGAGA